AUGGGUGAGCAAGCCCACCAUGGAGCCCAAGUGUGUUCUGGCACCAACCCCAGGAAGUGCCAGGACUUAGGAGAUUCGAUUCUUCUGCUUCUAGGCAGCUUCAUCUUACUCAACGUGGGGAUCAACGUGGUGACUCUGCUCUGGAGGCAUCUGAAGAGCUCCUUGCGAAUUCUUUUCCAUCAUUUUUUCCCCAAAGACAAGCAACCCAGCACUAUAGGCAGCCAUCCUGUGUGUAUGCGCUACUCCGUGAACCCCAAAAACCUGUGCUCAAGAGUCUCUUCUCGCUUUCAUCAUCGCCCCAGCUUCCUGCUUGGGCACUCUAAUCACCUUGACUCCUGGAUACCAGACACGAAUGAUGAGAAGACUUCUAAGUGCUGUUGGAUGCCGCCUCAGUGUGGACACACAGUAGCUCCCACAGAGCCUCCACGGGGACUGUGGAAGGAGGGAAUGAUGGGAGCUGGGGAGGCCCCUCAGGUCACAGCUUUAAAGGCCCAAGCCUCGUUUUUCUCCAGGCCAGAGACUUCUUCCCAGUUCAAUGCCCCUUUGGCCAACUUCAAGGCUCACAAACCAAAGAUGAGCAAGUUGGACAUGGUUUCACUGUGCUUGCCCCAAGAGAGCAAUAUUAAAACUCCAGCCCAGUUGUUGUCCCAGUCCCCAGCCCAGUCCCCAGCCCAGGCCCCUGAGCACAACUCAGUCCAGGCCCCUGAGAACACCCCAGUCCAGGCCCCCAAGCACACCCCAGCUCACACCCCAGCCCACACCUCAGCCCAGGCCCAGGUUCACUCUCAGGCCCAAUCCCCUGAACACACCUCAACUCACAACCGGGCCCACUCCCAGGCCCCCACUCCUGAGCACACAUCAGUCUAUGCCCCAGACCACACCCCUGCCCGGGCCAGGACCCACUUCCAGGCCGACAUCCCUGAGCACACCUCAGUCCAUGACCCAACCCACACCCUGGUCCAUGCUCAGACCCACUCCCAGGUCCACGCUCCUGGGCACACCUCAACCCAUGACUCAACCUAUACCCUGGCCCAUAUUCAUCUAAACCAUACCCAUGACCAUUCCCCAGCACCUGCCUCAACUUCUGCCCCAGUUCCUUCCACAAUUUCUACCCCAACUAGUACUCCUACCCCAGCCCCUACCCCAGCCCCUGCCCCAACCCCUGCCUCAUCACUGGUCAUGGCCCUGGCUACCGCCCCUGUCCCUGCCAGUACUCCUGCUCCUGUCCCUGAGCCCACCCCUACCCACAUUCUAACCCCUAUUCCCUCUAACCUGGCUGCCUUCAGCCAUGGCCUUUCCACUGGACACGUGGUCUACGAUGCCCGCAGGGUAAAGCAGGACUUCUUCCAUGUGCACAGUCCCAAGAACUCUGAGUAUUCUAGAAAGGACUUGGGUACCCUCUCCAGGCCCCAAGAUGGGCAGGGCCUGGUGAGCUCUGGUACAUCUGAGCAAACGAAGCAACAUGGUAGGGAUGGUGCCACGCCCCCUACAGGCUCUGUGCUGGGCUACUUGGAGUUGGGGGAUGUGCAGUGGAAGGUCCCAGAUGAUGGUAAAGACAAGUUUGUCCAGCCCAAGACCUUCCCUUACUGCAGCUUUCAUCCCUGCAGUUCUGGGAGGAAGAGCACAGACUCCCAGGCUCCAGUCUACCCCAAGUUCCUGGUCUACUCCCAGGAAGCUGCACCUUCUCAACCUUGUUUUCAUUCUCCAACCACUGCCCAGGGCUCAUUGAACACCAUUCCUCCACCAUAUACUCUUUCCCUGCCUCUUGUUCCUCCCAGAUGCUUUGUCCUUCCUGAAUCCACCAGCCAUCAGAAACCCUUGACCUCAAUACAAACCCCUACCUCUCUCCCAACCUCCAAGUCUCCUCAGUCCAUCCCCCCUUCCCCAUUCCUCAUCUCUCCCCAGUUCAGCAUUUCCCAAUCCCUGAUCCAACUCCAAUCCUCUGAACCUCACAAGAGUCAAGGCCUUAUCCAAGACCCCGGCCUCCAAAGAAGUCCAUGUCCUUCAAAAGACCCAGGGCUUACCCAAGAUCCAGGCCUCCACAAGAACUCAGGCCUUACCCAAGAUCCAGGCCUCCUCAAGAACCACGGCCUUACCCAAGAUCCAGGCCUCCAUACGCAUCCUGAUCUCUAUAAGAUCCCAAUUUCUUCUCAAGACUCUGGCCAUCACAAGAGUCCAGGCAUUAUCAAAGAUUCUGGCCCCCAAAAGAGCCCUACACAAGAUGCUGGUAUCUUUAGGAGCCCAUGUGUCAGUCAACCCUCUGACCUCCAUAAGAGCACACUAUUUACCCAAAAUUCUGGCUUUCAGAGGACCUCAGGCUUUAUACAAGACUCUGGGGUCUAUAGGAAACUAAACCUAAACCAAGAGACCAUAGUUGACAAAAGUCAAGGCCUCCCCCAAGCAGCUGGCCUCCAGAAAAGCCCAGGCCCUUCCCAAGAUUCUGGAGGCUACAAGAGUUCAGGCAUUGCCCAAGAUUCAGAAGUCUGCAGGAGUCCAGCCCUAACCCAGGAACCUGGUCUCCACAAGAACUUAGGCCUUGUCCAAACCUCCAGCCUUCCUAAAGGCUCAAGCCUUACCCAAGACUCAGGAGACUAUAAGAAUCUAGGCCUUACCCAAGAUUCUGGAGUACACAAGAGCCCAGGUCUUACUCAAGAUUCCAACCUCCACAAGAGUCCAGGUCUUACCCAAGCUACUGAAGUAAAAAAGAAAUCUGGCCUUACUCAAGAUAUUAGAGUUUGUAGGAGCCUAGAACAUACCCAAGGCCCUAACCUCCACAAGUGCACAGGAAUUAAUCAAAAUCCUGGACCCCAUAAAGGUGCAGCCCUUACCCAAGGCUCUGGCCCUCCCAAGAGUCCUGGUCUUACUCAGAAAUCUGGCCCCCACAAGGACUCAUGCCUUAGCCAAGAUCCUGGUCUCCAAAAGAGCUCAGGCCUUGCUCUAGGUACUGACUCUGUCCCAGUCUUAGGCCCUCUUCAGACCCCCAAGUCAACACCAUCCGUGAUGAAGUCAUGUGUGUCUGAGGAGUCUCCCCAGAGGGAUGAGACCGAGCAGCACAUACCUGGGACUCCCAUCCCACUCAAUCAGAACUCCAGUUCUUCCAAGCCUCAGGGGAUCUGCAGCGAUCUACAAACCUUCUCAGAGGUACCUGUAUUAAUUGAUCUGCAGCCAUCCUCCCGGCGGGCAGGCAGCCAAGAUUUGGUAUACCGCCCUAUGGAUACAGUUCCUCCAGCCUGCCAGAACUAUCGCCAAAUGUCUAUGCCUCUCAAAAUCAACUGGAAGCCCCACUGCCCUGGACCAGGCCACCGGGCAGGGCAUGUGGUCUUUGAUGCCCGCCAGAGACAGUUAGGAGUGGGCAGGGACAAAUGUGAAGCUCUGUCUCCCAGGCGCCUUCACCAAGAGGCACCCAGCAACUCAAGGAGACCACCAAGGAGUGGGGAUAUCAGCACUGCUGCGCAGAACAGGCAAGAGUCUGGAGGCGUGGCCUCCAACGCCCUGGUAGCUCCGGAGACAAACUACAACUCCCAGGACAGCCCGAGAACUCAAGAGGGCGAAAGGAAUGACGAAGUUCUCACAGAGAGGGGCGUGGUCAUAAUUUAG